AUGCAUGCAGCGUCGUGCUCAGUAAAAGUUCAACCGGCGAUAGCGAGAAGUCUAGAUAAUGGCUGUCUUCUUUGUAUUAUUUGCAACACACAGGUGAAGAGUAAGUUAUGGAUAGCUCAUUCAAAUGGUCGAAAACAUCGAGAAAAUAUUGCCAAUUUUAAGAAAGCAGCAACCGGCAAUGCCACUUCAUCCAAACGAAACCCUGAAGAGCCAACCACAUCUCUCUUGGCAGCACCUUUAAAAAAGCUAAAAGCGGAUGUGAAAGAUUCAACUUCGAAAGAUCUUAACGAAAGUACUCCAUGGGAGAAAGGUUCUAAGUCAAAGGUGAUAGAAAGUAAUACGACAUACGGUCAAAAGAAAAAUAUCAUCGAAGGAGUGCCUGAAGGUUUCUUCGAAGAUGAGAAACUGAAUAGUAGAGUUAUUGACACCAUAGAAAAGCAAGCAAAUAUAGAACAACAAUACACAGAUUUCAUGAAAGAGCUGGAUGAAGCAAAACAGGAGGAAGAGCACCGCGAAGAAAAUGAAGAAUAUGUGGUGGCCAUUGAGCAUGAUAUCGAGCUUAUUAAUGAGCAGAUUGACCAAUGGAAACGAGUAAAUCGGUUAGAACUGCGGCGAGAUAAACUGUACAGCACGGUAGUUGAGAAAAAUGGAAGACAUACUGAACCAGUAGUGGCAGGACAAAUAAGCGAUGAUGAUUCUGAUAUUGAUCUUACUGGCUGGAGAAAUAAAGGCAUUUAA